CCCUUCAUAUUUCUUACAUCUCUCUUUUCCACUUUUCCUCUACAUCUCUCUUUUCCAUUACAUCUCUUAUUUUUCUCAAAAGCACAAAAAGAAAAAAAGAAAAAAAAAAAAAGAAAAGAAAAGAAAAAAAAUGGCUUUAGCACUUCAUUCUUCAACUCCUCUUAUAAAUCUAAAAGAAAAUAGAGGUUUUAGAAACCCCGAUGAUUCGUCUACUACAGUCGGCUUCGCCAAAAUGAAGCCAACAUGUCAGCUUCGAGCUAAGAAUUCAACACAAGAAUCUCAAAUCUCACGAACAGAAAGAGAGAGAAGCUUCUCACAUACUAUACACGAGCUGCAGAGGGAGAAACUUCACGGGAUGGCAAGUCCUCACAGCCAUAGUUCGACUAAUGUGAGGGUGCCUGUUUUUGUGAUGCUACCACUCGACACGGUAUCGAUAGGUGGGAGUCUCAACAAAUCGAGAGCUAUGUUUGCUAGUUUGAUGGCAUUAAAGAGUGGUGGUGUCGAAGGCGUUAUGGUUGACGCGUGGUGGGGCCUCGUUGAGAAAGACGGGCCUAUGAAAUACAAUUGGGAAGGCUAUGCUGAGCUUAUAAAGAUGGUUGAAAAGUUAGGCCUCAAGAUUCAAGUUGUCAUGUCUUUUCAUCAGUGUGGUGGAAACGUUGGAGAUUCUUGCAGUAUUCCUCUACCUCCGUGGGUGCUUGAAGAGAUAAGCAAAAAUCCGGACCUUGUCUACACAGAUAAAUCAGGUAGACGCAACCCCGAAUACAUAUCAUUGGGCUGCGACUCGCUCCCUGUUCUUAGAGGAAGAACACCGAUUCAGGUCUAUUCCGAUUUCAUGACGAGUUUUAGAGAGAGAUUCAAGGCCUACCUGGGUGAGGUCGUAGUGGAAAUCCAAGUAGGAAUGGGACCUUGUGGAGAGCUAAGAUAUCCAUCCUAUCCCGAAAGCAACGGCACCUGGAGAUUCCCGGGAAUAGGUGAAUUCCAAUGCUAUGACAAGUAUAUGAGAGCGUCAUUAGCAGCAGCAGCAGAGGCAAUCGGAAAGGACGACUGGGGAAGAGGUGGGCCCCACGACGCCGGACAGUACAAUCAAUUCCCAGACGACACUGGGUUCUUCCGCAAAGAUGGUACAUGGAACAGCGAAUACGGACACUUCUUCUUGGAAUGGUAUUCCGGUAAUUUAAUCAACCACGGAGAGAAAAUACUCGCAGCAGCCGAAAGAGUAUUCGAAGGGACCGGAGCUAAACUCUCCGGCAAAGUGGCAGGAAUUCACUGGCAUUACAAGACGAGAUCGCACGCAGCGGAACUGACAGCAGGUUACUACAAUACUAGGCACAGAGACGGUUACCUGCCAAUAGCAAGAAUGCUGUCCAAACACAGGGUUGUCUUAAACUUCACGUGCAUGGAGAUGAAAGAUGGAGAGCAGCCGAACGAAGCUAACUGCUCGCCCGAAGGACUUGUUAGGCAAGUCAAGAUGGCUACUAAGACUGCGAGAAUUGAUCUUGCUGGAGAGAAUGCACUAGAGAGGUACGAUGGAGGGGCUUACUCGCAGGUUUUGGAAACGAGCAGGUCCGAUUCAGGAAACGGGCUGAGUGCGUUUACUUAUUUAAGGUUGAACAAGCGGUUAUUCGAACCGGAGAAUUGGAGGAACUUGGUUGAGUUUGUGAGGAGCAUGUCCGAAGGUGGUCAAAGGACGAGGCUCCCGGAUAGUGACAGGAUUGGAAGCGACCUGUUUGUCGGAUUCGUCAAACAGAGUAAUGUCAGAAAGACCAUAAGCGAAGUUGCGCUUGUGUUAUGAUAUAUAUACGAGUUUGUUAAAGACAUAAAAUAAUAUCUAUUACACAGCUUGAGGCAACUCUACAUAAGGUGUCCAAGACAGUGGGAAAUUUUUAUGGAUAUUUAGUUACAUAUCUUGUUCAAGGAAAUAACGUAUAUUUCAUUUCCUGCGCAAAUGUCUCAAUAUCUUUUUUUUUCUUCUUUUUCUUUUUAUUUGUCGAAAUACAUAGGAUAUUACGAUCUCGAUGUCUAGGAUUUUGUUGAUGAUGUAUUUAAUAUUAUACAUAUAUUUGUGAUCCUU